AUGGAAGAAUUAGCCCUCCAUCACUUCCAAUUGGGGGUAUCCCCUAGAAUCUCCAACAUCGUUAGAUGUAAAUCUCCGAAGUCACUCAACGAAGCUAUUAACAUCGCUAUUUCCGAAGAAAAAAUUCAACAAUUCCUAUUCAAAACAAAUCCUCAUAAAGAAAAAUUUACAAAAGUCUCAACUCAUAAAUCCGAUCCUCCUACCUCUUCGAAUACUAAAUCAAGUCUCUUCUGCAGAUACUGUAAAAACUCAGGGCACACUCUAGAAAACUGCAGGAAAAGAGAAUAUAAUAAUAAACUCAAAUCUCAAAAUUCUAGGACACCUCAGCGUGUCCAUCAUCUUAUUCAACAGGACAACUCAAACUCCGACACAAACGAGGGUUACGACACUGUCGAUUACGAUUCAGAUUCAAAAAACGAGACUAAAGAAGUCUUAAAUCAACUACGCCUUUCUCAUUUAAAUAGCGAAGAAAAAGAAGCUCUACUUCAAUUAUGUUCUAAUUAUUCAGAUAUAUUCCAUCUUCCUAAUGAAAAUCUCACUUAUACCAAUGCCAUAAGACAUGAAAUAAGAACGACCACUGACGUCCCAAUUCACACUAAAACGUAUCGUUUUCCAGAGAUCCAUAAAGUCGAAGUUCGUAAUCAAAUCGACAAAAUGUUAAAAUUCCCAAUUCCUAAAAAUCCUAAAGAUAUAAAAUCUUUCCUCGGCCUUGUUUCGUAUUAUAGAAGAUUUAUGCCAGACUUUUCUAACAUUGCAAAACCCCUUACUUCUUUCCUCAAAAAGGAUCAAAUCUUUUCAUGGGAAAAUCAACAACAACUAGCUUUCGAACUCCUCAAAGAAAAACUCACUUCAGCACCAGUCUUAAGCUAUCCUGAUUUCACAAAACCUUUUAUUCUUACAACGGAUGCAUCCAAUCAUGCUCUCGGAGUAGUCCUCUCACAAGGACCAACAGGUCAGGAAAGACCUAUCGCCUUCGCAUCCCGUACACUUAACAAAAGCGAAUCUAAUUAUAGCACAACUGAAAAAGAGUUAGCUAUAAUAUUUGGCUGUAAAACAUUCAGACCAUAUUUAUAUGGACAGAGAUUCCAGAUAGUCACAGACCAUAGACCACUUAAGUGGCUAUUUAACCACUGUUGA